AGCUCCCUAGGAUAGAGCAGCGAAUAUGUCAAUCGCCUUUCCCGACGCACCUCCCUGCUCUACACUCUUUUUGCAGCUAUACGGGUGUAUUGUAUACCUGUUACCGCCACUAUCGACGACACCUCAAGCGUCAUCACAUAUUCACCAGCCAACCAGUGGUCCCAAGGUGGCUGUAGCGGUUGCACCGUUCACCUGGACACAACGCAGGUGUUCAAUGGGACCUGGCACGAAACCACCCAUAUUACGACGGACAAUUCUCCGUACACGAUCACAAUCCCUUUCACGGGGACAGGUAUACAAGUGUACAACGCUCUGGCAAAUAGCGUUCCGAACGCCUUGACGACGGUCACAAACCUGGUUUUCCAGAUCGACGACGGGGGGCCAGUCCCAUACCAGAGCACUCCGACGGACAGCACCGACUACGACUAUAGCCAAGUCGUGUUCCAGGAGGACGGGCUAGACAAUGCAACCCAUACGUUGGUCAUCAGUGCGCCUGGUGGUCAGGAUUCCCUGGUACUCUUCGACAGGGUCGUGUACACGUUUGACAACGGGAAUCCCUCUGAUCCACCUCCACCGCCUCCGCCGUCCACGACGUCCUCGUCCGAUACUGUCACUGUCACUCAGACUCAAAUUGUCCACUUCAUCUCCACCACAACGGCGAUCACGACAUCUGUGACUAGCCAAACCCCGUCAUCUUCGAGUUCGCUAACCUCCGAUAGCACGAAGACGGCCAACAACUCCUCAACUUCUACGUUACCUGUUGCGCCCACAACCUCUCCUCCCUCCUCCGUGCAUGACACUCCUUCGAACUCCACAACCUCGCCUACUUCUUCUGCAUCAACUGCGCAGACGACAACGCCCGACUCCGUCGUGCAUGCAGCGACUUCUAAGCGCUCGGCUCCUCUGGGAGUGAUCAUCGGCGCAGCUGGGGGAGGCAUUGCAGCCCUACUGAUUCUGGCUGUCAUUGCCUUCUUCUGUUGCAGGAGACGCGUUCGGCGAUCCGCACUCACAGCCGGUUUCGCGCUCUCUGAUAAGCCCAGGACGGAGGAGACGAUGGAGAGCAAUCGUGGAGUAGGGAGGCACACGGCCUACUACUCCGGGAGCGACAUCACGGGCUCAGAGCCGAACUCUGCCACCAGCUUGAUCCACAUCAGAGAGGGCACCGUGAACCCCGAGACCCUCUCCCGUUCCAGCACUGUCGACUCCUUCCUAUCCCAAUCCCGGCGUGCCACGAUUAGGUGGCCCUCCGACGAGUUGCCUGCCCCAAACAUGCCUCUCCGACCUCUACGGCGCCAGCAGAGCGUUGAGCGCGGCCCUACUGUGCAGUACUCACCCGAGGAGGAUGAAACUGUCCAAGCCGCUGUGGAGGGAGAGCACGCGACGUUACUACGACCAUUGCCCCCCACGGUCUCUUCGGCAAACGCGACAGCAUCCGGCGAGGCUUCGUCUGCAGCGUCAGAGGCCCAUCCCCCUUCUGUCGAAAAUCAGGAACUCCGGGAGCAGAUGGCGAGGCUGCAGGACGAGAUCGAGAGGUUACGGAGGAUUCAGGAGAUGCAGGCCAUUCUCGAGGACGCACCUCCCAUGUACGACCCCUCGUCGGCGCCCAGAAGACAGUCAUAGACAUCCCUUCGCUUGCUCAUGCAAGCGUGGUUGCUUGAGGCAUGCUGGAGAGCUCUUGAUGGUUGGAGGUGCGCAUCAUGUGUCAUUCGUUCGUUACAAACCCCUUCACUCGUUUCAAUCCCCUUCGUUCGUUCCAAUCCCGUUCGUUCGUUUCAA